AUGUAUCAUGACAAUUCAUUCCGCAUUCCCAACUCCAAAGACAUCUUUGGUUCUAUGAGCAGUCAUAAGACAUCGUUGAACAACUCGAACGUCUCAGGUGAGGGGGAGGGACGUCCUAAAGCUGUCCUUGGUCAAGAUGCUGUCGGUGGCCAUCCCCACAAAGAGCUAUACAACGCUGGAGAUGAUCAAAACAAAGCCUCGACCAAAGUUGCUUCUGGGCUUAGAGGUGCCCAGAAUAACCCUGUAGGAAUCAACACGAGAAAGACGAAGGCAUAUGAGGAAUUGAUCCGAAAGGGUGGUGAAACUCCCGAAGGAUAA